AAAUAAAGUGAAAGUAAAGAUGGGUGAUGUUCAGUACGAAGUCGUAGAUGUUCAUAGUCAUCUAACGGACUCUGAUUUCGAAAAGGACAUCUCUGACGUUAUUUCUGCAGCUCAAAAGAGAGGAGUAAAAGCUGCUUUGGUUGUUUCUAUUGGAAAAGAUGAUUUUCCUAAAGUUAUAGAAUUGAAUAAAAGAUUUCCAGAUUUUGUUGUUCCUUGUCUUGGUAUACAUCCAGUUCAGGGACAUGGUGACAAUCAAAGAAGUGUAACUCUACAGGAUUUAAAAGGGGUUGUUGAUAUGAUAGAAGAAUAUAAAGAAAUACUAGCAGGCAUAGGUGAGGUUGGUCUUGACUUCAGUCCAAGAUUUGUGAAAUCUGAUGGCAGUAAAGAUGAACAGAGACAAGUCUUAACAAAACAGAUAGAAAUAGCAGACAGACUGGGAUUACCUAUUAAUGUGCAUUCUAGAUCAGCAGGAAGACCAACCAUUACAUUACUUAAAGAAUUAGGUGUAAAGAAAGCUCAUUUACAUGCUUUUGAUGGCAGACCGUCUGUUGCCAUGGAGGGUGUUCGAGAAGGUUAUUACUUUUCAAUCCCUCCCUCUAUAAUACGCAGUGAACAGCAAAAACUGGUAACACAGAUACCAUUAGAUAAUUUAUUAUUGGAAACAGAUUCUCCAGCUCUUGGUCCAGUUAAACAGGUG